AUGGGUGACGAUUACAUGGAUGAUGAUGAGGAUUAUGGAUUUGAAUACGAAGAUGACAGUGGAUCGGAGCCAGAUGUUGAUAUGGAGAAUCAAUAUUAUACGGCAAAAGGAUUGCGUUCGGAUGGAAAGUUGGAUGAGGCCAUCAAAGCAUUUGAGCGUGUUCUGGAAUUGGAAGGAGACAAAGGAGAAUGGGGAUUCAAAUCAUUGAAACAAAUGAUUAAAAUCACAUUUGGACAGAAUAAAUUAGAGAAAAUGUUGGAGUAUUACAGAAAUUUGCUUACUUACAUCAAGUCGGCUGUAACCAAAAACUACUCGGAAAAGUCAAUAAAUGCGAUCCUUGACUAUAUUUCAACGUCUCGCCAAAUGGAUCUUCUUCAACAUUUCUACGAAACAACUUUGGAUGCAUUGAAAGAUGCGAAGAACGAGAGAUUAUGGUUCAAAACGAACACAAAACUCGGAAAGCUCUUCUUCGAUUUGCACGAAUUCGGGAAAUUAGAGAAAAUAGUAAAACAAUUGAAAAUCUCAUGUAAAGAUGAAACCGGAGAGGAGGAUCAACGAAAGGGAACGCAACUUCUGGAAAUUUAUGCAUUGGAAAUUCAAAUGUAUACUGAGCAGAAGAACAACAAAGCACUCAAAUCUGUUUAUGAGUUGGCUACGCAAGCUAUUCACACGAAGAGUGCUAUUCCUCAUCCAUUGAUUUUGGGUACUAUCAGAGAAUGUGGUGGAAAAAUGCAUCUUCGUGAAGGCCGUUUCCUUGAUGCUCACACUGAUUUCUUCGAGGCAUUCAAGAAUUAUGAUGAAUCUGGAUCCGCCCGCCGUACAACUUGUCUCAAAUAUCUGGUUUUGGCCAACAUGCUUAUCAAAUCUGAUAUCAAUCCAUUUGAUUCUCAAGAAGCGAAACCAUUUAAAAAUGAGCCAGAAAUAGUUGCAAUGACACAAAUGGUUCAGGCUUAUCAAGACAAUGACAUACAGGCUUUCGAGAGAAUUAUGGCUGAUCAUCAAGACAGUAUCAUGGCCGAUCCAUUCAUUCGAGAACAUACGGAAGAGCUUAUGAACAAUAUUCGUACACAAGUUCUUCUCCGUUUGAUUCGUCCAUACACAAAUGUUCGAAUUUCAUAUCUUUCGAAAAAGCUGAAAGUAUCGGAGAGUGAAGUGAUCCAUUUGUUGGUCGACGCCAUUUUGGAUGAUGGACUCGAAGCGAAGAUCAACGAGGAAUCUGGAAUGAUUGAGAUGCCAAAGAACAAGAAAAAGAUGAUGGUCACUGCUUCGGUUGUGCCAAAUGCUGGAGAUUCGGCUGCAUCGAAAUCCGAUUCGAAAGCAGAAGGAUCAUCUGAUCCAUCGACGUCAUCUACAACUGCAACAGCUGCUUCAAUUCUAUCUGGACCAACACCAACGUCAUGUCAACAAGAGUUAUCUUUGGAAGGACUUCGUCUUUGGGCUGAACGUAUUGAUUCGAUUCAACAGGCCAUUACUGUUAACAAGAAGAUUUAA